AUGGCAGGUAGUGGUAAGAGGUCUAAACACGUAUGGUCGAAGGUGGAGGACACUAAGUUGGUGGAAGCUCUAUUGUAUUUGGUGGAGACCGGUUGGAGGUCCGACAAUGGGACGUUUCGACUAGGAUAUCUACAAUACUUGGAGCGAAUUCUGCAUGAGAAAGUGCCCGGGUGCGCACUGAAUCAGAACACCAUUGAGUGCAAGGUGAGGAGUCUAAAGAAACAAUACAACGCAGUAUCAGAGAUGUUAAGUCAGUCGGGGUUCGGCUGGAAUGAGGAAUUCAAAUGUGUCCAGGUCGAGAAGGAGAUUUUCGAUCUUUGGGUUCGGAGUCAUCUCAAUGCGAAGGGGAUGUGGAACAAGUCAUUCCUACAUUACGAUGACCUCUCCACCGUAUUUGGGAAAGAUAGAGCAAACUGUCACACACCUGAGGUUUGCCAGGCAGAAUCACCAUUAAAUCAAGAUGAAAUAGAUGAAGAGCCAGCAGAGCAAUCUACAGGUAGAGCGAGUGUACUUGCCGAGUCAUCUCGAGGCAGUAAGAGGAAGAGGCCAUCAUUCCAAGCUGAAAUGAUCGACAUCAUGAGAUCGACUGUUGAAAUGCAGAGCACACACAUGGGUAGACUUGCAUCGUGGCAAAAGGAGAAGUAUGAGCUAGAGUUCGGGCGUCGAAAGGAAGUAGUAAAUGCCAUAUACAGCAUUGAUGGCCUGGAUGAGGAUGAUCAGGUCACCUUUAUUGACCUCCUUGUCACAGACAUUCAAAAGACAGAUUGCUUUCUUGCAGUACCAGAACACGCACGGAAGAGGUACUGCCUUCAUCUAUUAGAAAGAAACAUGUAG